CUCGCCCUCAAUGAAUCUGGGAGAGUCUUAGCCGAGAGGAGCUAAUGACUCUACGGGCGGAUUUAUUUGGGUAAUCGUAAAAUUUGAUUAGAGUGGAGAAACAUAGUUCAAAUACGAAGCUUAAUAGGUUUUUUUUUCACGGUUGAAGAUCCAUCAGCCCGAAUAAUUUCGUCCUGUCUUCGACUCUCGGGAGAGUUUAGUUUGUCUGGUCGAUCGUAAUGAGGCUCAGGGGCUAAUCCUUGGACUUCAUUCAAUACUAAUUCAUCUCGAAGCGCUUCGUUUGGGCGAGCCGAACUGAUCUAACAACCACACGCGAGAAUGACAGAAUACAAGCUGGUGGUAGUCGGUGCUGGUGGCGUUGGGAAAAGUGCACUGACCAUCCAGCUCAUUCAAAAUCACUUUGUAGACGAGUAUGACCCCACUAUUGAGGAUUCAUACAGAAAGCAGGUUGUGAUCGACGGGGAGACGUGUUUGCUGGACAUCCUGGACACUGCAGGUCAGGAGGAGUACAGUGCCAUGAGAGACCAGUAUAUGAGGACAGGAGAGGGCUUUCUCUGUGUUUUUGCCAUCAACAACGCCAAGUCCUUUGAGGACGUACACCUUUACAGGGAGCAAAUAAACCGUGUCAAAGACAGUGACAAUGUCCCGAUGGUGCUGGUGGGAAACAAAAGUGACCUGGCUUCACGUACUGUAGAGUCACGUCAAGCUCAAGAGCUUGCCAGAAGUUACGGGGUCCCGUUUGUUGAAACGUCUGCAAAGACGCGACAGGGAGUUGAGGAGGCAUUUUACUCUCUUGUGCGGGAGAUCCGAAGAUACAAGGAGACAAACCGCAGCAAUAAGAAGAGCAAAAAGCACACACAGAGACGUUGCACUCUUUUAUAGCGAUACACGCGUACAGCCCCCCUGUGAUAGCAAUGCACUCAAGGUCACACAUUCUCACAUACACGCAUACACUACUGUAGCAUCACACAUACACACACAUCCUAUCUCCUUUUCUUACUGCCCCUUGUGUCUUACACCAACCAGCCUUUGAGGAAUAGGAACCUGAUUGGCUGCUGUAUGUGUUUGUAUGUAUGUAUGUAUGUGCGCAUGAGACCUCAAUGAGAACCAUGCAACUGUGGAAUUGUUUUGGAAAAGACAUAUAUUGACCUCGCACUAUCAUAUUCGGCUGGAUAAUUUAGUCUUAAGUGGACUCGACAACCUUGCGCUGCUGCUUCCUCUUCUGUGCUAAAAAGAUCUGACGUAUGUCAUAGUUUUACAGUCGUACUUUAGAACCACGACUGCAAGGAACUUUGACCCUUAUAACAAAUGAAUAAGGUGGUGAAGGGAUAUACUUUAAGUCGGUAAUGGGUAACUGUUUUUAAGUAAGCCUUAUGUCUUAUCUCCAACUGUGUAAGCCGCGUGCUUCUGUUAGCGGUGGUCGGGAAUGAGGAAGCUAAGAAGUCCCCUAAAGUUUCUGUGGCCUGUGGGAAAGCACAUUAGAGCAAGUGUUCGCCACAUUCAAAACCACUAGCAUGAUGUAUUGCACACCUUAAAAAGUGUUUCCACCUCACGCAUUGUGGGAUUUAUCCAGCAAAUAUUUUCAGUACUUGCUAAAAAUGCUGUAAUUUCAUCAUCUAAAGGGGAUUUCCAUAGUUUUUGCUUUGUCUUUUUGGGGAGUUUGUACAAAAAUUUACAUUUCAUACAUUCAUCACCUUCCCAGAAUCCAUUUCUCCCCAGGUUUCUGUUGUUGUCAUGGCUUGGACUAAAACUUAGCUGUCCUUCACUUAAUGUAGCCCUUCUAUAAUUAUGAAAAUAAAAUAAAUCAAGCUCUCUUCUUAA